AUGGUUUUUCUAACAACGAAAGUGAUGCAAAGGACUGCACUCUUUGUGACGUUUGGGGGUUUUGUCACUUCUCUGAUCACCGCCUUCCUUCCGCUGUGGAAGACGAUGAACUCUGACCUGAACGAAGUGGAGAACUGGUUCUCUGGACUGUGGCACACCUGCCUCUACACAGAGGAGGUGGGAAUUCAGUGUAAGGCCUACGAGUCCAUCAUGGGGCUGCCGAUGGACCUGCAGAUCUCCAGGGUGCUUAUGUCAGUGUCUAUAGGCACCGGAGGUUUAGCUCUGCUGGCUGCCUUCCCAGGACUGGAGGGGGUUGGGAUGUGUGCAGGGCAGCCUGGCCCGAAGAGACUGCUCCUCAUCCUCAGCGGCGUGCUGUCCUGGGUGUCGGGGCUCACAACUCUGGCUCCCGUCUCUCUUGUGGCCUACACAACUAUUGUGGAGUUCUGGGACGAAGGUUUUCCUGAUGUGAUGCCACGCUGGGAGUACGGAGAGGCAAUGUUCUCUGGAUGGUUUGGAGGUUUUGCUCUGGUCAUCGGUGGGACUCUCUUCUUUGUAGCUGUGUGCAUGGGGGACUACGACCAGAGGCCACUAAGUGUACCACACAGCCUGCAGGUGAAGCGCAGGACAAAGCACUACCGGAAGACUGAGGUUUUAUAGAUUUCUUAUUGUCAAAUGUAUCAUCUGCACAUUCAUAUACUUCAUAUGGAGUGAUGACAUAACAAAAUUACUUUUUUAAAUUAAAUUUCUGACCGAAGUAAC